AGUCGGCUUGACUCGCGUUGUAUAGACUCUUGAAGCCUUGGGGAGGGAGGAGCAUGCGCUAGGAGGUCGCCAGAGCGAGUGAGGGAGAGGCAGGAGAGGUGUGUGUGUGUGUGUGUGUGUGAGGUGCGCAUGCGGCGCCUCACCUGGUCAACACACACAAGGGUACAACAUUCUCCCUCCAUCAAACGCAGCCGACACACGCUUGGCGCCUCACCAUACACCCUCACCCCUCGCUACUCACCGCUACUCACCCCCGCUACUCACCAAACCCACCUGCGCUCCGCACGCCAAACUCCCUCCAACUGUGCGUUCUGCGUAUAAAUUCAUACCAAACACACGUGGCCGGCCGGGGGCGGCGCCCCCUCCCCCUGCUCUACCCCCCGUGCAUGUGUAUACAGGUCAAUACUAUCGUGCCGGUGAUGACCCGUCGUCACUGUAUUACCGGAAUGAGUAUUUGAAGGCAAGGGAGAGAGUGCGUGCGUGACAGCGCCUUCUCUCUCUCUCUCUCGCGACGCCGCCCCUCCGGUGAAAGAUUUAAACGUAUCGAGUGAGAUUGAUCGCGGUGAAUUACGUCAAGCGUUGACCGCGUGCUGUCAAGCCCUUGCCAGUGGUGGGUGCAACACAGGUGACAACGCCGCCUGCAACCACCGGUGGAAAUAAGCUGUCAACAUAUGCUGACUGACUGAGAACAAUUGACAAACGACCAUGGUAACGAGCAAUUCGAUACCACUGCCAACCAGCACUGUUGAGGCGCCUCGCUUCAACAGGUCAGCAAGUGCCAAGUUAGCAGUGAAAUCCGAGUACAGGCAGUGAAAUCCGAUUACAUGUACUGAAAACCGAGUACAUUCAGUGAAAAUCUGGGUACAGGCAGUGAAAAUCUGAGUACAGGCAGUGAAAAUCUGAGUACAGGCAGUGAAAAUCUGGGUACAGGCAGUGAAAAUCUGAGUACAGGCAGUGAAAAUCUGGGUACAGGCAGUGAAAAUCUGAGUACAGGCAGUGAAAUCCGAUUACAUGUACUGAAAACCGAGUACAUUCAGUGAAAAUCUGAGUACAGGCAGUGAAAAUCUGAGUACAGGCAGUGAAAAUCUGGGUACAGGCAGUGAAAAGCCGAGUACAGGCAGUGAAAAUCUGAGUACAGGCAGUGAAAAUCUGAAUACAGGCAGUGAAAAUCUGAGUACAGGCAGUGAAAUCUGAGUACAGACAAUGAAAUCUGAGUACAGGCAGUGAAAUCUGAAUACAGGCAGUGAAAUCUGAGUACAGGCAGUGAAAAUCUGAAUACAGGCAGUGAAAUCCGAGUACAGGCAGUGAAAAUCUGAAUACAGGCAGUGAAAUCUGAGUACAGGCAGUGAAAUCCUAGUACAGGCAGUGAAAAUCCGAGUACAGACAGUGAAAUAUGAAUACUGGCAGUGAAGUUUGAGUACAGGCAGUGAAAUCUGAGUACAGACAGUGAAAAUCCGAGUACAGGCAGUGAAAAAUUUGAGUACAGGCAGUGAAAAUAUGAAUAUAGGCAGUGAAAUCCGAGUACAGGCAGUGAAAAUCCAUAUACAGGCAGUGAAAAUCUGAGUACAGGCAGUGAAAAUCUGAGUACAGGCAGUGAAAAUCUGAGUACAGGCAGUGAAAAUCCGAGUACAGGCAGUGAAAAUCUGAGUACAGACAGUGAAAAUCACUGGUGUGAUCAAUCAACAGAAAGACGGUCAUUUCACAAUAAUCUGAAAAUACUUUAAAUAAAGCUAAAGAUCCAAAAGUUCCUUAAAUACGUUCAAACAGGAAAAGUUCCCGUAACACAUGCAAACAAUUAAGAAAAGUUCCCCAUAACACGUGCAAACAAUUAAGAAAAGUUCCCCAUAACACAUGCAAACAAUUAAGAAAAGUUCCCCAUAACGCAUGCAAAUAAUUAAGAAAAGUUCCCCGUAACACGUGCAAACAAUUAAGAAAAGUUCCCCAUAACACGUGCAAACAAUUUCCCCGUAACACGUGCAAACAAUUAAGUCCCCGUAACACGUGCAAACAAUUAAGAAAAGUUCCCCAUAACACAUGCAAACAAUUAAGAAAAGUUCCCCGUAACACGUACAAAUAAUUAAGAAAAGUUCCCCGUAACACGUGCAAACAAUUAAGAAAAGUUCCCGUAACACGUGCAAACAAUUAAGAAAAGUUCCCGUAACACGUGCAAACAAUUAAGAAAAGUUCCCGUAACACUUGCAAACAAUUAAGAAAAGUUCCCGUAACACUUGCAAACAAUUAAGAAAAGUUCCCGUAACGCUUGCAAACAAUUAAGAAAAGUCCCCCAUAACACGUGCAAACAAUUAAGUCCCCGUAACACGUGCAAAUAAUUAAGAAAAGUCCCCAUAACAUGUGCAAACAAUUAAGAAAAGUCCCCAUAACACGUGGAAACAAUUUCCCCAUAACACGUGCAAACAAUUAAGAAAAGUUCCCCGUAACACGUGCAAACAAGCCACGCGCGCACGAGGCCAAACACGUGAGAGGAGAGAGAGAGAGAGAGAGCGAGAGAGAGAGAGAGAGAGCGAGAGAGGACGUGGGAGGGUCGUCCAGUCAUGUGUCACUGGAGGCGUCAGGUCGACGGGUCGUGGUGAGGGCGGCGGCUCGGAGUCGUCGUCACCACCAUGGUUGCCGCCACCACCUGUCGCUUCUCUCUCCUGGUCGCCAUAGUUGUCGCCUACGUCGCCAUCACUCCCCCAGCGUGGGGACACCAGGGACUUCACGUCCACCUGCCGGCCGGGUACCCAAAGAAGUACCAGAAGAUACCCGCAUCCUUCCAAGGCGGGUAUGUCCCGCAUUACCCGGGGUACCCGCCAACCUGGGAAGACUCCUCUGCCCAAUACCCGCAACAACAGCUCGCUUAUCCGGCCACCGAUACCGGCUAUUCCAACAAUCCGAACGACCCGUAUUCCGGCGACAACGGAUUCCGAAUCAGCGGCCUUGGCAGCAUCAGGAUAUCCGGAAACGAUAUCGGUUAUCCGGCUGAUAAUCUCCAAGAUACCAGAUACCCGCAGAAUCCGGUGGUCGGGUAUCCGAACUACGGCUACCCGGUGGUUGGGUCGUCACCAAACGAGGUGAUUAACCGGACGUUUGAGGCGCCUUGGGACGCCAGCAUAUGGGAUCAACCGCUGGACCAUGAUGUGUGUAGGACCAUGGUGGGCCUUAGUCGUCUCCAGCUGCAUGUGUGUACACGGUCGACGGACACAGCCGGCGCGGCGGCUAUAGGGCUCAACAUCGCUGUGAAAGAGUGUCGUCGCCAGUUCGCUAACCACCGCUGGAACUGCACAGCGCUCAGCACCCCCACUAACAACCCCCACACCGCCCCCAUUAUGGCCAGAGGUUACAGUGAGAGCGCCUUCGGACACGCCAUCACAGCCGCGGGGAUCACCCACAGCGUAGCCCGCGCCUGCGCCGCCGGCCGCCUCUUCAACUGCUCCUGUGGCCUAGUGCAGGGCAAGAUGGCGUGGAAGUGGAGUGGGUGCCACGAUAACACCAAAUAUGGCGCCCAGUUCUCUCGGAAGUUCCUGGACGUCCGGGAGCGAGCCAAGGACAUGAUCUCCUUCACUCACCUCUACAACAACGAGGUCGGCAGGAAGCUAAUCCGGAGAAACAGGGAGGUGAGGUGCAAGUGCCACGGGAUGUCAGGGUCGUGUGAGGUCAGGACCUGCUGGAAAGCCGCGCCGGACUUUCGUCUGGUCGGUGACAUCCUCCAUGAGAAGUACCUCAGCGCUCGGUCGGCCGCCUCAGAAGUCUUCGGUAACUCGGCCAAUACAGCGCGCAAAUAUCGCCCCGUCAGGAGGGAAAUCAGUCCGGACUCCCCGCUCCUGUACGUGGAAAAGUCCCCGACGUUCUGCGAGGAGGACGGGCGGCUGGACGUGGCGGGAACUCUGGGCCGGCACUGCAACAGGACUUCCACCGGAGCGGACUCGUGCACGACGCUCUGCUGCGGGAGAGGCUACGACCAGAGGCGCGAGGUUGUCACUAAGAAGUGUAACUGCCGGUUUAAGUGGUGCUGUAAGGUCACUUGUCAAGAUUGUUCCGAGGAGAAGUGGAUUUCCGUCUGCAAGUGAGGACGGACUAGCCGGAUCCCGGCGUGCCUGGCCGUGCCUGGGCGUGCCUGGGCGUGUCUGAGAGUCCCUGGACGUGCCUGAGAGUCCCUGGGCGUGCCUGAGAGUCCCUGGGCGUGCCUGAGAGUCCCUGGGCGUGCCUGGGCGUGCCUGAGAGUCCCUGGGCGUGCCUGAGAGUCCCUGGGCGUGCCUGAGAGUCCCUGGGCGUGCCUGAGAGUCCCUGGGCGUGCCUGAGAGUCCCUGGGCGUGCCUGGGCGUGCCUGAGAGUCCCUGGGCGUGCCUGGGCGUGCCUGAGAGUCCCUGGGCGUGCCUGGGCGUGCCUGAGAGUCCCUGGGCGUGCCUGGGCGUGCCUGAGAGUCCCUGGGCGUGCCUGAGAGUCCCUGGGCGUGCCUGGGCGUGCCUGAGAGUCCCUGGGCGUGCCUGAGAGUCCCUGGGCGUGCCUGGCCGUGCCUGUGCGUGCUUGGGCGAGCCUGGGCGUGCCUGAGAGUCCCUGGGCGUGCCUGAGAGUCCCUGGACGUGCCUGAGAGUCCGUGGGCGUGCCUGAACGUGUCUGGGCGUGCCUGAGAGUCCUUGGGCGUGCCGGGGCGUGUCUGGGCGUGCCUGGGCGUGUCUGGGCGUGCCUGGGCGUGCCUGGGCGUGUCUGGGCGUGCCUGGGUGUGUCUGAGAGUCCCUGGGCGUGCCUGGGCAUGUCUGGGCGUGCCUGGGCGUGCCUGAGAGUCCCUAGGCGUUCCUGGGCGUGCCUGAGAGUCCCUGGGCGUGCCUGGGCGUGUCUGGGCGUGCCUGAGAGUCCCUGGGCGUGCCUGAGAGUCCCUGGGCGUGCCUCGGCGUGCCUGAGAGUCCCUGGGCGUGCCUGGGCGUGCCUGAGAGUCCCUGGGCGUGCCUGAGAGUCCCUGGGCGUGCAUGGGCGUGCCUGAGAGUCCCUGGGCGUGUCUGGGCGUGCCUGAGAGUCCCUGGGCGUGCCUGGGCGUGCCUGAGAGUCCCUGGGCGUGCCUGAGAGUCCCUGGGCGUGCCUGGGCGUGCCUGAGAGUCCCUGGGCGUGCCUGGGCGUGCCUGAGAGUCCCUGGGCGUGCAUGGGCGUGCCUGAGAGUCCCUGGGCGUGUCUGGGCGUGCCUGGGCGUGCAUGGCCGUGCCUGAGAGUCCCUGGGCGUGCCUGAGAGUCCCUGGGCGUGCCUGGGCGUGCCUCAUACACACGCCCCAGAACUUGUGGAGUGUGAAAGUGACUGAGGAACCCCCAUGGGGUUGUGUGUUAAAUAACAAACUACUGGUACCACACAUUGUUGUAAACCGCUGAAGCACUGAAACUGUAUUUAUGCAUACGUAUAUAUGUAUACAUAUAUGUAAUAAUACAUGAUCCACGGCAUCAAAAAAGUUGCCAAGUAGCAAAGUAUUUAAGAAGAGCGAGGAUGUCAACUUCGCAACUGAAGGGAAGGAGUUGCCACUGAGAGAAUGAAAGACUUUCCAUGAAUCUACACAACGGACUCUCCCUACGUCGACGGUGAUCCCAACGGAACUAUGACUAGGGAUAUAGUGAGUGAUUCAAAACUGUCCAAGAGUUAAAGCAUUAGAAUUGGCUUUAAUGAGAACAGUGAGAGCAAAACAGACUCGAGCACCGGUGGCUGGAGGCAGUGGGCGGGACGCCGGCGUCUCUUGCGUUCGUUAUUAAACGAAAACACUGAACUUGAAUUCAAAUUUUGAGUUUGAAUUCAAAAUUUUAACCGAAAAGGGGAAUUACGAGAUGCGCAUCAAGGGGCGAAUGAAAAUUGUAAAUCAUUUUCUCUAUAUUCUCUACAGGCAGUUACAACUGUACCCGUGUGUCUGUAAUAUUGUAUUCAUAAACACAUUAUAAUUAUUACACUAUUAUGUUUAUAUAAAUCAUGCUAAACCUGUGUAUACCUGUGUAAAUGUGUAAUGUAUCUUACACUUUGUUUUAAAAUCUGAAUAUUCCUGAGAUAUAUAUAUAUAUAUAUUACUUAUGUACAAACACUAUCUCUACAUAGUUUUAUUUAUUAUUCCAUAUGUUUAUUUUGUACAAAGAAAACGUUUAUUUUCCGCUGUUCCAACGUAAACUCAUCAAAACCGUAAACUGAAUACUUUUUCCUAAUAUAUACAUAUAUCUUGAAUAUUUCAGGACUUGUGUGAAAUUAAAAAAUGCUGACAAGUGUGUUGUAAUGUUCAAUGAUUUGUAUUAUUAAUGACUCCAACAAAAGAACAGGUUGUGAGAAUAGUUCUGCUAGAAUUUACCUACUUAAAAUUAUCUGUUAGAUUCAGGACCUGCCCGAAACGUACUAGUGGCUUUACAAGAUUGUAAAUACUA